AUGGUGUCUCAUGUUCCCAAAAAUGAGGUCCACUCAAACCCUUACAACGGGCUCAACUACACUUUAAAGACCUGGAUCUACGAUCUGGUAGUCUUUCUGUUCAACAUUCUGUUCACUAUUUUCUUUCGAGAGAUCAAAGUUCGCGGGAUCCACAAUGUACCACCAAAGGGUACACCUAUGAUUCUGGUUUGUGCCCCCCAUGCUAAUCAGUUCGUCGACGGCGCACUGGUAAUGUCGCAAGUGCGAAAUCUAAAGGGAAAUCGUUCUAGAUGCACCUGUUUGGUUACAGCAGAAUCGAGCUACAAAAAACGAUUUAUAUCGCUGUUCAGCAAAAGUACCGGUGGAAUUCCAGUUCCUAGGGCCCAAGAUAAUCUUGAGUUGGUCGAUGCUUCGUUGCAAAUCUUCGUGGAAGAUUGGAACAACCCGACGGUGCUCAAAUGCCGUGUCGUCGAGGGUAGAAAAUCACCAGAUCUCAGAUCCCGUUUUACUGCCAAGUCUCUACUUGGAUUACCGUACUUCCUAGGAAACACCCAAAUCGCUGAUAUUCCUGAUGACGAAACUUUCAUCUUGGCAAAACCUUUCAAAGACACAGAACGCAUUCAUGAACUGCUUUCGAAAGGCACAAAUUUCAAAUAUGCUUCCAAAAUUGAUAAUACCACGGUUUUCCAAAAUGUUUUCAAUCAUUUACACUCGAACGGUUGCGUUGGCAUUUUCCCGGAAGGUGGCUCUCACGACAGACCUUCAUUACUCCCCAUCAAAGCCGGAGUGGCCAUCAUGGCAUUGGGUGCCACUGCAGCUGAUCCAAACAUGAAAGUGUCUGUAGUUCCCUGUGGUAUCAAUUACUUUCACAGAAAUAAGUUUAGAUCAAGAGCAGUCGUGGAAUUUGGUCACCCAAUCAUAGUUGAUGGGGAAAUGGGUAAGCGGUACAAGGAAAGCGCCAGGACUGAAACUUCAGAUCUAUUAGAAAAAAUUACCCAAGCUUUGUACUCAGUGACCGUGAAUGCUCCAGAUUACGAGACCUUAAUGACAAUUCAAGCCGCUAGAAGACUUUACAAACCACUCACCCUGAAAAAUGGCUCGAAUCACUUGCCACUUUCACUUGUGGUCGAAAUGAACAGACGAUUGUUAGUCGGAUACUCUAAAUACAAGGACGAUCCAAGAAUCAGGCAUCUCAAGUCGAUGGUAUUGCAAUACAACAACAGGCUGUUCAAUCUUGGAUUGAAGGAUCAUCAAGUACCAGCACUUACUGUCAAAGGUGGGAAAUGGAUUCUCUUGUUAACUUUACUAUCCCGGCUACUGCUUUUCGCGUUCUACCUUUUUCUCUCACUACCAGGGACCGUGCUUUUUACACCAGUGUUUAUAACAUGCCAUUAUUAUGCUCAGCGGAAGGCUGAAGAUGGACUUAAGAAAUCCCUUGUGAAGCUAAAGGGUACAGACCUUUUAGCGACUUGGAAAUUACUGGUUGCUUUGGUAUUAGCACCAUCGCUAUAUGUGUCCUAUUCAUUGGCUCUGUGCUAUCUAGUAAAGGCAUUUCCUGCCUUGUUCAACAGAGUUUGGUUGAUAAGUAUCAGGGAGAAUUGCGGUAACUUCGGAAAUUUUGUCUACUUCUACGCACUACUUGUUACCGCCACAUACGCAAGUUUUAAGACAGGAGAACAGGGCGUGGAUAUUCUCAAGUCUUUACCUCCGCUUGCUGUUUCAUUGAUAUACCCAAAGCGCCAUUUAAAGAGUUUACAAAAAAAUCGUGAAGAGUUAAGCCAGGAAGUUACACAGGUGUGUAAUGAUUUGGGCCCCACGGUAUUCCCAGAUUUUGGUAGAUUUUUGAUCACCCAAGAAGCGGCCACGAAAGGUGAAACCGACGCAGAUCCAGGACCUAGAACUAGAUCCUCAUCAGUUCACUCGAACAUGUCUGAGUUUUCAAAUUCGUUGUCAAAGGUCAACUCGAGGUCAUCUUUGUCGGAUAUUCCUAUCCUCGGCGAUGGAUCGUCAGGUAAUGGAGAAGAAGGAGAAGAAGAAGAAGAAGAGGAAGAAGAAGCGCUUCAAAUUGUCGCGCCUUCUAAAGGUUCUCUGAUAGGAAAUCUGGUAAGAGAAAAAAGACAGAAUGAAAAAGAAGAUUAG